CAAUUAUAUCAGUAAUAACAACCAAACAAACUAAAAUAAAUCCAACGUUUACCGACUAAAAGAAUCCUUAAAAUUAACAAAAAUAAACCCUUCAAAAGAUGUUAAUCGAUACUUUCCUUAAAAAUAUCCUACAAAUUUAUUAAAACAUUAAUGAAUCGAAGAAAAGCGACUUUUCGCGUCUCAUUAUGGUAAAUUUAACCUCACAUUCACUGUUAAUCAUUAAAGAAAUAUCGUAUAUUGUCAAAAAAUGUCGAAGCAAGUGAAAAGGAAAAUCACGGUAAACCUUACCAGUAGCCAAAAAAGUAAACAAACGGCGAAAACUCGACCGAGUGUUUUUGAACGCUUGGGAACGAAGGCGAGUGCCAAAGAGGUUUGUCAUCAUUGGUCUCAAAACGGGACGUGUCCUUAUGGUAAAAGCUGUAAGUACUCAAAUACUCACACUUUGAUAAGCCCAUCGAAGCAAAGAGCUGCUAAGAAAGAAAGUGAAUCAAAAAGACAUAAAGAUGCUCAUAAACGGUUGCAUGAAGAGGAAUACGAUUGGAAUCCCGAAGAAUUAGAAGACGCAGAUCCUGAUGAUUUAGAAAAACGUAGGUUGGAGUUACAAAGACAAUUGGAGUUGGUUAAAAUGGAAAAUAAGGUAAAGAAAAAAGAGAAAAAAUUAAAAAAGGAAAGUAGCCCCAGUUCAGAAAGUAGUAGUAGUUCAAGUGAUUCAAGUUCAAGUAGUGAUGAAUCAAGUAGCUCAAGUUCUUCAUCUGUUGAUACAAAGAAGAAGCGUUCAAAAAAGACUAAAAAGCGGGAUAGUUCAUCAAGCUCAGAAUGCGAUAAGCGAAAACAUAAAAUUAAGUUAAAACGAACGUCUAAGAGCCAAACUAGAGAAAAAACUAAAAAGCUUAUAUCUUCAAAAACAUCCUCAUCAAAAAUUUCGAAUAAAUCAAACUCUCCUGCACCUAAAAUACGUAAAUUAUCCCAAACACCACCACCAAAAAUCAAAACACAACCGAUUAAGAAAAAAUCUGAAUCGCCACGACCAACGAGUAGAUCAAGUGAUCGAAAAGAUAAACAUCGUACCCCUUCACCAAAAAUCCCUCAAAAAGAUAAAGACCGUGAGAAAGAUCGUGAACGUGAAAAAGAAAAGGAACGCGAAAAAGACCGCGAACGUGAAAAAGAAAAAGAACGCGAAAAAGACCGCGAACGUGAAAAAGAAAAAGAACGCGAAAAAGACCGCGAAAGAGACCGCCCAAAAAUCAACCGAGACAAAGAUAAAUCCGAAUCAAUCAAAAAAACCACCAAACAACCAUCACCCAAACGAGACCCCAUCACAAAAUCACAAACAAAACGUAGAGAUUCACCCGAUUCGACGCAUUCAAGAGAUCGAAAAAUCUCACCAACUCGAUCUCGUGGGAGUCGAUCAAGCACACGUAGAGACACCCAUAAAAACAGCCCAUCAAGUAAAGAUAACGAAAGAACUUCAAGGGAUAGCAGAAAAGAUCAAAACAAAAAGGAUCGCUCAAGUGAUAGAAAACGCACGGAAAAAAGGGAUUCAAGAGAUCGGGAACGUGAAAGGGAAAGAGAACGCGAACGAAGAAUCGCUCGCGAAGAACGUGAAGCGGCCCGUGAAAAAGAACGAGAAGAGGCUUUGGCUAGGUGUCAAGAACGCCAAAGAGAGCGCGAACGUAUAAAAGAGUUGCAAAAAAAAGAAGAUGAAAGACGUAACAGAGAGCGACGCCGUGCUGGGGAUGAUCGUGGUUUAGAUAAACCACCUAGUGAUCGAGUUGAACGAUUACUUCCGCUUCCUUCCGAAAGGGUUCCUCCAGCUCGAAAAGAAUCGUUAGAUAGGGAACGUAAUCGUGAACGCCGCGAGCGAACCCCUGAAAAUCGGAGAGGUAGAAAAUCACCCGAAGAAAGGGGCCACGAAAGAAUUGAAAGAGACAAAGAAAGAAUUGAUCGUUAUGAUAGAAGUUAUGAUAGAGAACACGAACGUGAAAGAGAACACGAAAGAGAUUAUCCCGUUAUUCCACGCUUACGAGAAGAUAUCCGCGAAAUUGAUAAACAUUACGAAAACACUUACGAUCGACCACCAAGACACGAAGAUGUUCGUUAUAUAGAUGGCCACUACGAAGGUAGAGAUGAAAGAAUCCCAUUGACGGAAUACCCAGAUGAGCGAAGAUCAAGAAGAGAACAUUGGGAAGAAAUGGAACUCGAACGAGAACGUGAAAGAGAAUUAGAACAUCGAAGAUACAGAGAAGAUAGAGGUCAACAUUUAAAAGGUAGAGAAUGGCCGGAUGAGUACCCAAACGAACAAGAAUGGGAUCGAACUCGGCGCCCAAUCGAAUGGGAAACUCGAGAUAGUUGGGACGCCAGAGAGCAUGAACAUAUGACUUUAGACGAAGAAUGGAGACACUAUAAUCGAUCAUUAGAUUCCUGGUCGAAUGAAGAACGAAGGAGAUGGGCGGCGGAAUGGCGCGAGAGAUCACGCCCGAGGAGUUCAACUUCACACAGAGAUGAAGAACCUCAUAUUCCCAGAAAAGAACCCCCACAACCUCCAAUUCGCCCGGAAGUAAUCGUCGAACCAAAACCUCACGAACCACCACCGCAACAAGAAAAAAAAGAAACGAUUCUUGGAAAACGACCUCCAGAACAACCCUUAGAAGAAGUUGAACCGAAAAAACCAUGCAUAAAAGAACCACCCCCAACCACAAUCGAAGAUGAUUUUAGUGAAAUUAGCGAUGAUGCCGAUGAAAUUUUGGAUCGAGUUGAAGAAGUAACCGAAGUUAUCGAAGAAAAAAAAGAAGAAAUCAAAAAAGAGGAUGAGGAACCAAUUAAAAUUGAACCAACAAAACUCGAAGCGAGUCCAAAACAAACAAGUAGUAAAAAAGAGGAAUCCUUAGACGGUGAAAACGCAAUGGAAUUAGAUUUUGAGGAAAUUUCUGAAGAUGAACUUGAAGAAGGAGGAGGUGUUAAAGGUAUUUGCGACGCUUUAGAUGUGGAUUGGGCUAGUUUGGUUGCUGAAUCAAGACCGAGGGUGGUACCAAAUACUUCGGCUAAACGCAGAUGGGAAAGUCAUAAUGUUUUGGUUAACUUAGGUGUAUCGGUUGAAAUGGCCGGUGAAGAUUUGGUGAAAGAUAUUCUUAAAGAACACUCAAAUGCGAUAAAACAAGAGUCUAAAAAUGAAUCUAACGACGACGAGAAUAAACCAGAAAUUGUUGAAGAAAUAAAUAUAUCACAUCCUGUUGCUUUAAUUCAAGUCUCUGACAGAGAGAAUAAAUCGAUUAGGAAGAGUUUAUUUAGCAGUGCUGGAUUAUAUAAAAGAGCUUUAUCUGCUAGGAGAGAUAUUGCAAUUAGACGUCAUAUGUGUAAUUUGCCAAUUAAAGAUAGUUUUGUUGAACCCCCAAAACAACCUGAUUCUGAACUUUUUAAGGUUGCUAAAAUGCUGUUCGAAAGAUGUUUGUAAUUCAAACUCAAUUUAUUUUAUUAUUACAUUAUAAUGUGUUCUAUAUCUUAAUGUCUUAAUAAAUAUUAAAAAAAUAUUUUUCUUUUA